AUGUUGUGCGAAAUAAGUUCGUGGUCCGGUAAUAAUUUCUUUCUCACAUGGAUGAUACUUAGUUUGAUUGCACUCGUUGUGCUUAUUGUAUUUUCAACAGUAAUUUUCUAUCACUAUUAUGUAAAAAUAACAUUCGAAAAAUGGCUGCAAAAGUCAAAUCCGAAAUAUCCACCAGCCGUUGGUGUUCGUACUGAAAUUAUACUGAUGUUAAAAGGUCUUCUGUCUGCAACGUUUUGUCCAGCAUUGACAUUAUACUUGAUGGGUAGACAAAAAUUGCAUGGUUACUGUGGCGUAGGAGAAUAUGGUUGGGGAUAUUUAGUCAUCAGUUUCUUUAUUAUCUGGUUAUCAACAGAUUUUUUUGAAUUUUUUUAUCAUCGAAUGGGACACACCAUUGAUACAUGCUGGAAUAUACAUAAGUCUCAUCACCAAUUUUUUAAUCCAACGCCAUUUGCUGUCAUCGCCGAUGAAUACUUAGAUCAAUUUGUACGUGCAUUACCAUUAUUAAUUUUACCUGCUCUAAUACCAGUUAAUAUGGAUUUAUUAUUUUUUCAAUUUGCUACUUUUUUCUAUGGCUAUGGUAUUUAUCUUCACUGGGGCCAUGAAUUUUCUUAUCCAGAUGCUCAUCAUCCUAUAAUAAAUACAUCGUUUCAACAUUAUUUACAUCACGCUAUUUCUAUUAAAAAUCAGCCUUAUCAUACGGGAUUUUAUUUUAAAAUAUGGGAUCAAUUAUUUGGUAGUGUUUAUCCAAGAGAAAAAUGUUUUUGCAUUAAAUGCCAAAAAGAAAAAGGACAACGUACACACGACGAGUUUGAAAAACUAGAAAAGCCAGACUACAGUAUCUUAUUAAAUUGGAAUUUUUGGUUCAAUCAUACGCUUACCUGA